AUGGACUUGAGAACCACCAUCCAGUCGACUUUGUCAGCCGACGCAACCAUCCGUUCUCAAGCUGAGACAGCCCUGAAGCAGGCUGAACAGCAUCCUGGAUUCAUUGGAGCUCUUCUCGACAUCCUGCAGUCAGAACAGGACCCUGCCGUCCGCCUCUCCGUUGCCGUCUACCUCAAAAAUCGAAUAUCACGGGGAUGGGCCACCGAACACACUCCCCACCAACCAAUUUCUGAGCCCGAACGAAAACCCUUCAAAGACCGCUUACUGCCUGCGUUAUCCUCGUCUCCUCCUCUGAUUCGAGCCCAGCUCAUUCCGAUCCUCCAGACUGUCCUUCAGUACGAUUUUCCUUCAAAAUGGCCCGAGUUGAUGGAUAUCACGCUUCAGCUGAUGAACACUCAAGAUGCCAAUCAGGUCUACGCAGGGCUGCAAUGUCUGCUGGCUGUUUGCCGUACAUACCGUUUCCGCGCCGGGGAAGAGAGGCUAAAUCUGGACAAAGUCGUCAACGUGGCCUUUCCCACAUUGUUGAACAUUGGCAACAAGUUGGUGAACGAGACGAGUCUGGAAGCCGGUGAAAUGCUGAGGAUAUGCGUCAAAUGUUACAAACAUGCUGUCUACUAUGGCCUGCCUGUCCCGCUGCGGUCGCACCAAGCGACUGUGGAUUGGUGCACCCUCUUUUUGACCGUCAUCUCCAAGAAGCCCCCCGAGAGUGCCAUGCCCGAAGAUGCUGAUGAACGGGAACGCAACCAUUGGUGGAAAGCACGCAAAUGGUCCUACGCAAACCUCAACAGGCUCUUUAUGAGGUACGGGAACCCGUCGGUGCUGUCUCCGGCCCAGGAGAAGGACUAUGGUGGAUUCGCGAAGAACUUUAUCACAAAUUUUGCGCCGGAAAUUCUCAAGGGCUAUCUGGGUGAAAUUGAGAAAUGGGUUGGGGGCAACUACUGGCUGAGCAAGCCUUCUUUGUCACACACGUUGAUCUUUCUGGAAGACUGUGUGAGACCCAUAUCGAUGUGGGCCAAGCUCAAGCCGCACAUGGACAGCCUCAUCAAACAUUUGGUCUACCCCGUCAUGUGUCUUUCAGACGAGGAUUUGGAAUUGUUCACAGACAACCCGGCCGAUUACUUGCACCGGAAACUCAACUAUUACGAGGAAGUCUCCGCACCAGAUAUGGCCGCGACCAAUUUCUUGAUUGCCUUGACAAAGUCGCGGAAACAACAGACUUACGUCAUCUUAUCGUACGUGAACGAAAUCGUAUCCCGUUACGAGACUGCACCGGACGACCAAAAGAAUCCUCGAGAGAAAGAUGGAGCCCUCAGAAUGAUUGGCUCGCUGGCAUCAGUCAUACUGGGCAAGAAGAGCCCGAUUGCAGAUCAGGUUGAAUACUUCUUCGUUCGACAUGUGUUCCCCGAGUUCAGAUCCCCACAUGGUUUUCUACGAGCCAGAGCCUGUGAGACCAUGGAGAAGUUUGAACAGCUGGAUUUCAAAGACCAAAACAAUCUCAUGAUCAUCUACCAGAACUUAAUGGAGUCCAUGGCUGAUCCAGAACUGCCCGUCAGGGUGGAAGCUGCAUUGGCACUGCAACCCCUGAUUAGGCAUGAUGCUAUCCGCUUAACCAUGCAAUCAAAUAUUCCGCAAAUCAUGCAUCAACUGCUGCAAUUGAUGAACGAGGUCGAUGUCGACUCACUCUCAAAUGUCAUGGAGGACUUCGUUGAAGUUUUCGCUGAACAGCUCACACCCUUUGCGGUGGCUUUGAGCACAAAUCUCAGGGACACUUAUCUUCGAAUCGUCCGCGAGAUUUUGGAACGGAACGAAGCCAGGGCGGCCGAAACUGGCGAUGCACACGAGUAUCUGGACGAUAAGUCGAUCGCGGCAUUAGGGGUGCUGCAAACAAUUGGCACUCUUAUUCUUACUCUCGAAGCUACACCUGACGUUCUGCUUCUUCUCGAAACCAUCCUCAUGCCGGUCAUUACCAUCACCCUGGAGAACAAGCUUUAUGAUAUCUACAACGAAGUUUUCGAAAUCAUUGAUUCGUGUACUUACGCCUUGAAAUCGAUAUCCCCGACAAUGUGGCAAGCCUUUGAGCUGAUGCACAAAACGUUCAAAGAUGGUGCCGAGCUAUACUUAGAAGACAUGCUGCCUGCUCUCGACAACUUCGUCACUUAUGGUCAGCAAAGAUUAAUCGAACACCCGCCGUACCUGGCCGCUAUAGCUGGCAUGGUGCGAGACAUCUUCUCCGACCCUAAGGUGGGAGGUGUGGACCGUAUCUGCGGAUGCAAGCUUGCUGAGGCCUUGAUGUUGAAUCUUCGAGGUGGCCCGAUUGACAGCUACAUACCAACUUUUGUAACCUUGCCAAUGGAGGUCUUGACCAGCGCACAAGCAAAGACAGUAAUUCGGAGCUACAAACUUCAUCUGGUGGAGAUGGUUAUUAACUGUCUCUAUUACAACCCCAUUCUAGCGCUCCAGGUCCUCGAAUCGCAUGGUUGGACGAACAAAUUUUUUUCCAUCUGGUUCGGCAUGAUUGACAAUUUCCGCCGCGUCCACGACAAGAAGCUCUGUCUUGCUGCCAUUUGCGCUCUCCUAACCAUCCGUGCUGACCAAGUUCCUCAUUCAGUUCAAACAGGCUGGCCACGCCUCCUAACCGGAGCGACUUAUCUCUUCCGAACUCUUCCCGCUGCGAUCAAGCAACGGGAGGAAGCCGUCAAAGCCUCUGACGGGGUUUCUGAUACCAUCUCAGACUACGGGUCUGACGACGAUGCCGAAGAUUGGGCGGACGAACCCGCCACCGAGGGACAAGAAUGGCCCAAUGUUAGUGCCGCCUCCUUGCCAGACACCAAAGGCGACAUCAAAGACGAGUCACAAGCCUAUUUGGAUUUCCUCAGCGAGGAGGCCAAGAAAUUUGGCGCCCUGGCCGAUGAUGAUAGCGAUAGUGUCCUCGACGACGACAGCCCCCUCGAAAGUCCGCUUGACAAGUUUGAUCCCUAUUCAGCAUUCAAAGACUCGUUGGACAAGCUUCAGGCAGAACAGCCCCAGCUGUAUCAGAAUCUGACGGCAAUCUUGGAGCAAGGAGACCGUGAUGUCUUGCAGAGCGUUGUCAACCAUGCCGCUGCGAUGCAGGCUGCGCAAGUUCAACAAGGUCAAGUGCAGGGAUAG